UCGUUAUUUUAAAGAUUCGUGAUUAAAACAAAGAAAAUGCAUUCGACUGUGGACUAUAGACGAUUUUACUUACAUUCCAACUUGCAGAACUGGUCGAAAUCUGCCAUUUAUUCAACAUGGAUUUACCGUCCUCCAAGAUGUACCUUCCUGUGAUGACGCAAUCCCCGCGCGUCUCCAGCAAAGUGUCACUGCGUCCUCAAAUCGAACACGUCAGACAAAAAUUCCUAGAAUGUGGCAUCUGUAUGAAUGAGUUCACAGACACGGAUCAGAGACCACGUGUUUUACCCUGCCUCCAUUCCUUCUGCGACCAGUGUAUCAAAACGCUGAGGACGCGUGACGUCAUCAAAUGUUCCGACUGUAACGAAACUCACGACAUCCCUGGUGGUGACAUGAACAACCUCCGAGUAGACGAGAGUCGCGAGUACCUCAUUAAUUACAUGAAGGUGCAGACCAAGUCUGGACAAAUCGUCUGCGAGGAGUGUGGUCUGAAGAAAAAGGCGGUCAACCGCUGCAAAGAGUGCUCUCAAUUCCUUUGCAGUGAGUGCACCGACGCCCACAAACGGACAAAGAUUACCAAAACACACAGCGUGGCCAGUAUCGAAGACUUGAAGGAAGCCACGCUGGAGGAGUACCAGCACGUGCAUACGUGCAAAGUCCCCGGUCACGAAGAUCAGCCAUAUGCCUUCUUCUGCUACUCGAAGUCAUGUGACAAACCGGUUUGCGCACUCUGCGCUGUCAAAGAGCACCAAGAAUCCAAAGGUCACGAGAUUCGUAACAUUGAAGAUGUUUACCUCGAGACCAAGCGAGCCAUCGAGAUUCUAGUAUCCGACGUCAAACACUGCCAGCUCUCAGCAGACGACACUCUCACGUCAAUAGAAGAAAUUGUUAAGAAACUGGAUGCCCUGCAGAUAUCUGUGACGGAGGAUAUAGAUUCUGUGUUUGACAAAUGUCAGAAAAUCGUUGACAGACGACGGAAUGAGCUGAAAAAUAAACUGCAUGCCACCAUAAAAGCAAAGAAGACUCGACUCCAGCAUCAGAUUGAAGAACUUGGUCAUCACAAAAGUAAUAUGGACGACGCCAACGAAAUUGCCGGAAGUGUGUCCACCUACAGCACACCGUCUGAGUGUCUCAACAUGAAAGAUGUCAUUAAGCGACGACUGAAGGAUCUCAUAGAGAAACCAUUUGACACCACACCUCACGACAACGCUGAUAUCAAGUUCCAGAAAAAAUGCCUUGGAGACGAAUUUCAGGAAUUUCUGAGCGAGUGUGGACAUGUCUUGUCUACUUCCGCCUAUCCCCCAAACACCCAGGUCAUGGUUAAUGACGUCAUCAUAGACGAAGAGGAAGUCGCACUGACAGUCCGACUUUUUGAUACCGAUGGCAACCAACAAAAUGAUGGGGAGGUUGAAAUAAGAGCGGAAGUGACAGAUCCUGACGGAAAUGCAGCUCAGCCACAGGUGGAGGACUGUGUUCAGUCUGAGGGAUGUUACAAAGUGCCAUACGUAGGGAGUAAGACGGGAAAACAUAACGGCCAUGUUUUUGUUCUUGGGGAGGACGUCAAUCCUGAAGGGUUCUGUUUUUAUGUCCUCACACGGCGGGUGGACACCGGAGCCACCUUCAGCAAAGAACGAAUCAAGAGUUCAUUGACAUCCACAACAGAUGGUGGAGACCGGUCGUAUACAGCCGGGGUGGACCUUGUGCUGGGUGACGUCAUCUGUCCAGAAUUCUUUUUGGAUUCUUCCAUUUCGCACAUCAGCAUUGAAAUAUCGGAGAAUGCAAAGCACAUGAAAGCGAGAUCAAUGAAACGUCACAAUGCAGGCAAUUCCAAAUCGAAGGAAUCCGGUCGGUUCUACAACUAUAGGGGGACGAUGGCCAACCUGCCUUUCUAUAAGACGGGUCUGUUCUACUACGAGGUGGUUGUUCAGUACAAGGUGAUUCGUCUCAUUAAACAGACAAUGCUAUUUGAGAUAGCGCUGGCUAGGCUUGACGUCGUAGACAAGCAUUAUUCGGUGGACUGCUUCCCGUACGCUUGGGCAGCGAGUGCUCGAGGAUGCCAUGUGUGCGGGAAAGUGUGUCUGCAGACCUGGCACAAUGGUCAAUUACUUACCCACAAUGCCUUAUCUCCAAGAACACCAACUCCUCCUGGAACCAGUGUGCGUCUGCACUAUGGUUUCCUGUUGGAUACAGUCAAGCGUCAUUGGAUCAUCGUGGACGUCAAAUCAAAUAAGAUUAUAUUCCACUUCAAAAAUCUCGUGGUUUCUGAGCUGUCCGAACCUUUAUGGCCGCUGUUUGGAAUUUACAAUCCUGACCUUGUAAGCGUCACAUUCCAUCUUCUCACCGGAAGUGACAUCAGUAACAUACCAGAGGCAGCAACCGACGCCUUAGUCAUUUAAAAAUAUUGACAUUUGAAUUUUCUGAAGCAUAGCACGCCUACACCAGAAACAAUCCAUUUUCUUGUUGCAUUAGGGUUAUUGCGGUAUAUUUUCAAAUGCACGAGUUACUAUAAAAGCUAUUACACAAUUUUUUAACGAAAUAGAAAAUCUACAUUAGAAAUUGAAAGGGUGGACGAUGAUUUUGUUGUUGUGUGUGUGUGUUCAAGACAAUAAAGAUGGGGUUAUUAUCA